AUGCCCGAAUUUACCGGGUGUGCUUGGUGUGAUUACCAGGAAUUUUCAGCUUACACCUCGACAAUGGGAAAGGAAAAGACUCAUAUUAAUAUCGUCGUCAUUGGUCACGUCGAUUCAGGAAAAUCGACUACCACCGGACAUUUGAUCUACAAAUGUGGUGGUAUCGAUAAGAGAACUAUUGAAAAGUUCGAGAAGGAAGCCCAAGAGGUAAAGUGGUUUCGUGACUCACGUAGCUGUAGUGAAAGUAGUGUAGUGAAAAAACAAAUCCCAAAUCAAAUCCCAAUAAACGAUAAAGUUUCGCGUAAAAUGAAUGCGAAAAUGGAGCACGGCAAUAAAAACAAAUUCUAUGUCAAAUUAAAUUUCAAAAAACAACAAAAUGUUCCGCGGAAACUGAAUGCGAAAAUGGAGCACGGCAAGUUUCAUCAUGUUGUGCAAUACUUGAACAUUACGCAAUAUGCUCAUUGA